UUGUAACGUAUUGAAUUUGAAAACUUCAAACAUUUUGGAAUUGUUCGUUGAAAAUAUCCUUUCCAUGUCGGUAAUAGUUAAAAAUAAUAACGCUUUUUAUUUAUAGGUGAAGUGUAUAGUUGCUUGUAUUUUAAUAAGAAGAGAAAGGAGAAAAAUGAUUGUCAUAACAGAAGAUGUGAAUAGUUUAUUCAAUGAAGUGUUAAAAGAAAUAUGCAGCAAUGUUCGGUCUAUGAUGGAGGAGUUAUGGCUGAACUGGUCGCACCUCGGUGUGGAUGAUAGCACCAAAGCCAACAAUAUUUCAAAACUGGUUCAGAUUGAGAAAGAGCUUCACCGAGAUGUUAUCUCAGAGACUAGGCAGAAGUUGAAGAAUAUGCAAGCUGAAGUUGAUAAAUUAAAGGAGGAGACAGAAGAGCUUAGCAGAUGCCUCUCAGUGGACAUCACAAUAUUGGAGUUCAAGGAGGAUCUCAUGCUGGUUGAUUACAAAAGAGAAUUGGAAGAGCAAAUUGCAGGUUAUAGAGAACAAGUGGAACAGCGCCGCAUGAAGAUGGAGCGGCUCCUCGAGUGGCAGCGCGAUCUUGCCGACAAACUUGGCGUCACUAUCCAAGAGUUGAAGGAGGUGCCGUUGCCCUCUGAAGAGGAGCUGGACAAACUCGGGGUCCAUCUUGAGGUGUUGCAAGCAGAGAGAGACAAGAGAGUCGAGAUCUUUUUGAAUACGCAAGUGGAGAUUAAAGAUAUUAUGGAUAAACUACAAAUCAAACCACAGAACAAGUUCGAGCAUGUGGUAGUGAGCUCUCUGUCUGUAGACUUCAAGGUGACAGAUCUCAACAUGGACCGCCUUGCAAAACUCCAUCAGGAUCUACAGGAGAAAUAUGAACAGACCAACAAUAGGGUAUUGGAACUCCGCGAACGUCUUUCCAAGCUUUGGGAUUGCCUGGAAGAGGACCAGGUGUACCGAGAGAAUUUCUUGCAUGCCCAUCCUGGCUGCCACCCGCACACGGAGGCCGCUAUCAAACAGGAGAUCAAGAGGUGUGAUCAAAUUAAACGACAGAAGAUACAGGUAUUCGUGGCGAAUGUCCGCACCAAGAUAAAGUUGAUGUGGGACAACGUGAUGUAUUCGACGCGCGAGCGCGAGGAAUUCCUCCACUACUUCCAGGACAUAUUCACCGAGGACACGCUCACACUGCACGAACUCUAUCUUGAGCGGAUCACUAAAUACUACAAUGAUAACAAAAACAUCUUUGAGUUGGUAAUGACCCGUAAGAACCUGUGGCUGAAGAUGACAGAGUUAGAAGCUCGGGCAUCGGAGCCGGGCCGCUACCACAACCGCGGCGGGCAGCUGCUGAAAGAAGAGAAGGAGAGGAAAGCCAUUGCUAACAAUCUGCCGAAAAUAGAAGCACAACUCCGCGAAUUGGUGGCUGAGUAUGAAACCAAGACAGGCAAUGUAUUCACAGUCGAAGGAAAACCUUUGAUACAGCUCAUUGAAGAAGAAUGGGAAGCAAGGAAAGCGGAGCGACAUAAUAAGCUGUCAGCACGCAAGGCAGUUGCGGCGCUAACCCCAACCACACCGCUGCUGCGUUCGCUCGCCACCUCGCCGCGCGGCAAGCGGGACCGCACUGCUGCUGGCUUCGGCACCGCCGACCGCCACAGGCUGCCACCAAAGCGCCAGCUGAUCACCGGCAGCGCUACCAAGGCGGUCACAACACUCGGCAACAAUCUGUCAGCGCUCAAGAGGUCGGCCAUAUCUACUGUCAAAAGACGUGUCAGUGGACGGUUGGCAGCUCGCAUAGUGACCGAGGGUAAGGUGGACCACUCCAAGAGGAAGCUCGACUUUGGAGAUCUAAAGAAAACGCCCAAAGUAAACGGCAGCAUACUGAAACACAAGCGCACUUCGGGCGGCAAGCGUCGAAGCACUGGACGGCGUUCCAUGAACGGUACAUCUGCGUCCGGCUCCACCGCAGCCUCGCGAGAUGGUCGCGAGGAUCCACCGCGGGACCCGCUCAUGGAAACCACCAUGCUCACCACAUACACCGACUUCAAGGAUGGCAUAAUCGAACGACAAAUUAGUCGCAGUUCCAUGGCCACAGGCAACGGUCCCAACGUCGCCCCACCGGUCAUAGUCUGUACCACAAUCGACGAGAAUACCACGCCCACCACCCCAAAAAAAACUCCGCGCAAAAUGCCUCUCACCCCAAAAGUGGGUAAAGAGAACAUACAACACUUAAACCAGCCAAUGACACCGAAAAGUAAUUUACUAUAUACGCCAACGAGGCUCACUCGGUCCGCUUUGAAAUUGAACAACGAUGGAUUCGCGACCCCGCGGACACCUCUCAACGCUAACAAAAUUAAUCUGCAACGCCAGAACACAGUCAGCACUCUAGCACUUAAAACGACACCUAACGGCGUUAGCCGGUCCAAAUCCCACACACAUUUGAUGCGAGCAAAAAAUUUACCACCUCUUAUUUAGAUAUAUAGGUUAGAUUGAACAUACACACAUUUCAACAUUUUGUUUGAUUCAAAAAUGUUCUAUAUUUGAUUUGAAACAUUCUAUAUUUGUUUUGAAUCGUUCUAUGUUUGAUUUUUAAAUAUUCUUUGUUUGAUUCAAUAACAAAUUAUAUAUGCAAACUACAAAAAAAAAAAAAAAAAAUUCUUGAAUUACAUACAAAAUAAUUGAGAUGUGUGUACAAUGUGAUAUAAUUUAAUGAUGAAUAUCAAUUGUAAAUUAUUGCUUGACAUUUUAUUAUUAAAUAUAAUUUUAAUUAUGAUACCGAAAUUUUAAUAAGUUACUUUAUUUUUAUGUCUAUUAUUAUAAGAAUUGAGCCAUAGACUAUUCAAUGCUUUUAAAAAGUGCAUAGACUAUAUAUCCGCGCUGGAGGGGCCACCAGUCUUUGAAUUCUUUAUGAAUGAUAUAAAAUGUUAUAAAAUCUCAUAAGAAUUAAAUUUUAAAGAAAUUUGUUAAUUCAUGUUGAAUUUGUUGGAGUCUUUACCAGUAUUUGAAAAGUACCCAAUUUGCCCCGAAAUGUAAUUUGACGUUGUAGUAAAAUAACAGUUCCUUCAUUAAAAAAAAAAAAAAGUAUUCUUAUAAAGUAUUGUACAGAUUUUUAUAAUUAUGAUAUGACAUGUUUUUUUUAAUUGUAUCUCCCAAUUCAAUAGUAGUUUCAGUAGAAGACAAUGGGCAAGAAAUUCGACUUUUGCUCUUUUCGAGUGAACGUUAAAUUUACAAUUUUACAAUUACGUAUUUAACAAAUAUAAAUUAAUAACAUAGAAUAAUAAUAAAAAAAAUUGAUAACUUGACAUACAAGAUUCGCUUUUGAUCCUUUUGGCGCGGAUAGAUGCUUACACCUUAUGGAACUAGGUACUGUUGAUAUGUAAAUAAUUUCCUUUACUUUGCUAGUUUGCUGCAUAGUGAUCUAUAUCCGCCUGCCCUCCUAAACAAGUUGUAAAGAAACUGUCGAUAGAUACGCUUUCCCUGUCGUAUUUGUGAGAUGAACAGCCAUAUUCUGCAUCUUGUUCUUUGCCGCUUGUUUAUUACCAUUUUAGAACAUACGUAUGGGUAGUAAUUUAUAUUAAUCUUAACACCAGCUUAAUUGCGCAGUAAGCAGAUUGAUUUAUGUUAUCAUUAAGAUGUGUUUUCGUUUUUCAUAUUCUCUAUUUGAAAUUAAUAUUUUCCGUGUUGUUACUGUACAUUUUGAAUUUCUCUUUGUGGUGUGUGUGUGUGUUUUUUUUUUAUGAGAUCUGACCUGUUUAUAGUUUGUUUUAUUGUUUAAUAGUAUUAUGAUUCGUGCAUAGUGUAAGAUCGAUUUUUGUUUUGAUUUUUAACAAUAAUUAUAACUGACUAUUUUAUCGUGAAAGGCCAAUUUUGGUGGUGUUUGUAAAUUAUAUAUAUAUUUUAUAAAAAUAAUUAUAAAAUUACAUGCCUUUCAUGAACACCCAUAUAUUGUCUAUAUCCCAACCUGAUUGCUUAGAUGGCAUGUCGUGUCUUUUUUUUAUGGCAUAAAUAAAUAUACUUACUAGUGUGAGAGAAGUACCACAGUUUUACUCUAGAUGGCGCUCAUUAACGCGAUUUGGGACCUUCUAUUUUAUUUGAUAUCCGAAUCACGAAAUGUACAUUAAGAUGUUUUUUCUGUAUAGUGAUGGCUUUUGCAUUUGGUCAGUUUUAAUAUUAUUUAGAUUUUGUAACUGCUAGACAUAACAGCUAACACAUAAGUUUUGUAAUAUAUUGACAAAUUUAAUAUAGCUAAAUUUUUGUAUUUUGUUUCUUUAAAUAUACCAGAUUGGGCCCGUUCGCUUAAUAAAUCGAUUAUAAUUUCGUAUCAUACCUUCAUGGACAUGUAGUCAAUAAAAAAUAAACAAAUAUAUAAAAUAGUUUUCAAAUUAUUCAAGAGAUGGCACCAGUAAUGUGACAGUUCCAUAUUUAAAACAAGAACCGCGUUGAUCGUGAACGUACAAUCGUUUUCAUAUAUAAAUGUUAUGGAAACCCAAUCGACUCGCUUGUAUAUAUGGCAGCUAACUAUAUGUACGGUUUGCAUUAAUUUAUAAGUACUUAAUUAUAAACAGUAUUUUAAUUGGGCGCAAGAAUAAGUGAUUAGCUUGUGUAACGCCUACUAUGGUUUACGUAAGCGCUCGCAAUCCAUUCUAGCAUCAUUUCAUUUGCUAAUAUUAUAAAUUAUGGUUGUAAUUAUAUUUGCAUAGUUUAAAA